CUCGAUUUGUUAUCGUUAUCGAUGUGCAACCACAUGCACGCGAAAUCAGGGCGGCACGAAAGUAUGCUAAAGCAAUGCCAUUCCUGCGGGCGCAUGCAGUGCGGGUGGGCUUCCACCCAAAAAAUGAACGAUCGUUAGCAGCUUGAGUGGCAACAGACAACAAACGUGCAACAGUUGCCAGUUUGAAAGGCAAUAAGAACCGUAGCAAUGGCGACUGCCAUAGGCGGUCAGGCACACGGCAAGAAACAGGACUCUGGAAUAUUAACGCGCGAAGAUUUCGAUGGUGGACCUGUUAGUAUUGACGAGAUCGAGACAGGCCUGUUUCUGGGCAAUUUAACAGCAGCUACGCAUAUGGAGACCUUAAAGUCGUUCAAAAUUACGCACAUACUGACCUUGGACUCGGUGCCAUUGCCACAGCAUAUAGUGGAGGCAAGCUUUUUGACCACAAAAUACGUGCAAAUUGCAGACAUGCCACGCGAGGAUAUACUGCAACAUUUGGAAUCCUGCGUCGAUUUUAUAAGCACUGCACUUGCCCAAAAAGGAAACGUCCUGGUGCAUUGUUAUUUCGGCGUCAGUCGCAGUUCGUCGGCCGUCAUAGCAUUCAUAAUGAAGAGCCACAAUCUAGACUAUCUGCCUGCCUAUGAAUUGGUCAAGUCCAAGCGUCGAUUUGUGCAACCCAAUGCUGGCUUCAUUAUGCAACUGAAACUUUUUCGGCGUAUGGGGUGCAAAAUAGAGCCAAGCUUUCAAAAGUACAAGCUACAUCGCCUGCGUCUGGCUGGCGAGCAAAUGCGCAAGGCAAAGAUUCUGCCUCAGAGCUUCCACAGUGUCAUACGUCCGGACCCUGACAUUACGCGUGAGAAUCCUGAGCCUAUUGUAUUUCGUUGUCGCAAAUGCCGACGUGUGUUGGCCACCAAGUCCCAUGUCCUGGAACAUCGUCCUCGUGACAGGCCUCCCACAAUGGCGGCCCAUUCACAUCUCGAUGCGACGGAAGCAUUGGUUAAUCAGGCAGCAAGUGCAACGGCGCCGGAUAAUAUUACGGGUCCACGUAUUCUAGAGCAACUAGCCGCUAGUAUACGACAGGUCUCGCUGGGCUCACCAAACCGUGAGGGCGAUAUUAACAAUUGUCGUAGUAUAUUGUUUGUGGAGCCCAUUGCCUGGAUGCCGCGCAUUAUGCUGAACACACAGGGCCGCCUUCACUGUCCAAAAUGUGAACAAAAACUUGGCAAUUUUAGCUGGAUAAAUUCUUGCCAAUGUCCAUGUGGUGAAACCAUGACGCCUGCAUUCUACUUAAUACCUUCAAAGGUGGAGCUUUCAAAGGCCGUACAAAAUGUGCAAACAACGGUCUAGAUGAGCCAAGCUUUAACAUAAUCACAUUGGGUUUCCAAGUCGCUAACACGCAUUUGUAGUUGUGCCAUUUAAAGACAAAAAUAUCAACAGUUGUGUUUUGUUGAAAAUGAAGGAAUUGUAUUCAAACACAUGUGACACGCCCGCGUUUUAAUAUUAAAUAUUUAUAGUUAGCUAACGAAAUUUUCAACUUGUGAAAGGUCAAAAUUUGCUGAUCCGUUAAAUUAUUUUAAUGGAAAUUUCCGCUUUGUGCUGUUCCAUACGCAUUUGCAUUGCUUUUUGCGUGCUGUAUUAAAUUAUAUAUUUACAUGUGUAUGUCGUACAUACAUACCUUUUGGACAAGUAUUUUGCAUAAAUAUUACAGAUAAUCAUAGUAC